UUGAAAAAUAAAUUUAUUGUUAUUUUUCUUAAUAAUCCGAUCACGAAAUAGACAGCUUAUAUUUUAAAACCAAUGUGCGGAAACAACGUGACUGGUUUGAUCUCCUUCUCCGGCCGGCAAGUUUCUCUAUUUAAGAUUCCAUUCAACCAAAAUUCUUUUCUCUCACACCCAAAAUUAGAAUUUGAAAAUGGCAAAAAAAGUCGAGCUGAUUUCUUCAUCUCUUGUUAGCGCCACUGCAACUGCUGCUUCAGUGUCAAGAUUAGAGCUUAAUUUAUGGGAUUUACGUCUACUCCCAGUCGUCCCCAUUCAAAGAGGCCUCAUUUUCCACAGCUCUCACUUUCAAUCCCAACAGCAUCUCAUCCAACACCUCAGAAACUCCCUCUCCCGCGCUCUCGACUUUUUCCCUCCCCUCGCCGGCCGCCUCGCCACCACCCCGCACGGCGGCGACACGGCGACUUUCUUCGUGGACUGCAACAACGCAGGAGCCGAGUUCACUCAUUCUGUCGCCGCCGCCGUCUCCGUCUCCGACAUCAUCGAGCCGAGGUACAUACCGGAAAUCGUAUCCUCCUUGUUCCCGAUCAACAUCGGCGCCACCAAUUACGAAGGAAUUUCAAAACCUCUGUUGGCGGUGCAAGUCACGGAGCUCGCCGACGGCGUCUUCAUCGGCUGCGCCGCCAAUCACGCCGUCGUGGACGGCACUUCCUUCUGGCAUUUCCUCAACUCCUGGUCGGAGAUCUCCUGCGGUUCGGAAUCAAUUUCGAAAUCCCCAAUUUUCGACCGCUGCAAUACUGCCGCCGCCGCCGUUGAUAAUAGACUCAUCCAUAUCCCUACAUUAGAGAAAAACCUAAUGGCUCCAUCCCAAUGGCCGCAGAAGCCGCAGAAGGUAUUUCACUUCAGCAAGGAAAAAUUAGGUGAAUUGAAGGCGAAAGCCAAUUCCGAAGCCGGCACCGACAGAAUAUCUACUCUGCAAGCACUCAUGGCUCAUCUAUGGCGGAGCGCAGUCCGCUGUCAAACCACCAACGAUUCAACCGCUCGCGUUAUAUUAAUCGCCAUCGGCACAAGAGGGAGGAUGUCGUCUUUGCCGGAUGCCUAUUUCGGGAACGCGUCCUAUGCUGCUGCGUUGGUGAUUAGCGAGAGCGAUCUGUUGCAGGGAGGAUUGGGCGCCGCCGCGCUCAGGAUCAACGAGCUGAUUUCUCGGCAAAGCGAUGAAGCGGCGACGCGUGACGUGGCCAAGAAGGUGGAAUUUUACGAAUUUGACGGGAGUGGCGCUCCGCCGCCUCUUAUCAUGGGGAGUUCUCCGCGACACGACGUGUACGGUUGCGAUUUUGGGUGGGGGAAGCCGAUUGGUGUGAGGAGUGGGAAGAUGCAAAAAAUGGAGGGGUUGGUGAUAGUUUUGCCGGCGGCGGAGGCAGGCGGUUUCGAUGUUGAAGUUUGUUUGGCGGAGGAGACAUUAGAUGCAAUGGAGUGUAUGAUGCGUUAAUAUAUAUAUAUAUAUAUAUGGGUUUUUUUCAAAGUUGGUUUGAUCUUUUCUUACUCGAGUUCGAUUGUAUUAUUCUUGUUUCGUGGUUGUUGCCUGUUAAGUUUUCUUUUUGACUGGUUCUUUUGGAAGAUGUUUGGUUUCAGUGUUCAAGAUAUGAUUGAUAAAAUAAUCUAUUUUAAUUA